AUGCUGCUGCUGCCAUCUGUCCACCUGGAGAUCCUGGAUGUGCUGGCGGCCUUGAUCCUGGCGUGUGGGGCCCGGCUGGCGCGCUGGGGCAGCGUUCUGGGCCGGCUCUUCCCCCAGGUGCUGGGUGCCUGGAGCAGCAGCAGCGACUCGGUGCCGCCGGGCCAGGAGAAGCCCUACAGCGCCGUGCGCACCAGGCUCUACCAGGUCCUGGAGCUGUGGGUGCAGGUGGGUGGGGCCGGCGCGGGGGUGCUGCAGGGGCCCCCCCACCACAGUGAGGCCCUGCUAGCCCACCUGCUGAGCGACAUCGCCCCCCCCACGGACAGUGUCAAGGGUGAGCCCCCCCGGAGCCCCCUAGAAACACCCUUGGGGCGCCCUGGCUCGGAGGGGAAGCCCAGCGCCCCCAAGAAGCCGAAGCUCUCGGAGGGGGUGAGGCCCCCCUCCCUGCACCGCAAGCAGGACCCCAUGGCUAACAGCGACAUCUGCAAGGCGGCUCUGCAAGCGUUGAGCCGGGCCAUCCUGCUGGGAGGGAGUCUGGUCAAGGAGGAGACCCACAGGAGGCUGCAGGAGCUGGUGGUGCCGCUGCUGCUCCGCCUAGCCCAGGGGGACGUCCCCCCCGGGGGCCCCUACGCCAGCCCGGCCUGUCGUCACCAGCUCUACCGCCUGCUGCUGGCCCUGCUCCUGGCACCCGCGCCCGCCUGCCCCCCGCCCCUGCACUGCGCCCUGCGGGCCUUCGCCCUGGGCCAGCGGGACCCCAGCCUGCAGGUCUCGUCCUUCUGCGCCGAAGCCCUGGUGACCUGCAGCGCCUUGGCACGCCCCCGGGUGCCCUCCCUGCAGCUGCCCCUCCCUGGCCCCGCCCCCUCGGCCGGCCCCGCCCCCUCGGACCUGGCUGCCUCCCCCUUCUGCCAGGCCCCGUCCUUCCCCGCCCCGCCGCCCGCCCGCCCCCUGCCCGCCAACCACCUGGGACUGGCACCGCCCCGGCUGCCCCCUUCCGCCAGCCCCGGCCUGACGCUGGCGGAGGAGCCCGGGGAGGCGGGCGACCCCCGGCUGCUGGCUCCGCCCUCGCCCGGGGGCGCGGAGGAGGGGGGGGCGGGGCUGGGGGGCAAGCCCCGGCGCCCCGUCUACGUGCACUACGAGAAGGAGGAGGAGUCGGACGUGGAGAUCUCCCUGGAGAGCGACUCCGACGACAGCGUGGUCAUCGUCCCCAAGGGGCUGCUGCCCAAGCCCCCCCCGCCGCCCCCGCCUCCCCCUGCGCCCCCCUCCCCGCCCCCCGCCCAGCCCCCUGAGGAGCCGCCCGCCGCCCCGCUCCCGCCCGCCACCGGCGAGGCGCUGCCCGGCCUGGGCGAGGAGAACCCGGCUGUGAUCAACAUCAACAGCAGCGAGGAGGAGGAGGAGUUCCCGGAGGAGGAGGAAGACGAGGAGGAGGAGGAGGAGGAAGAGGAGGAGGAGGAGUACUUCGACGAGGAAGACGAGGACUUCGACGAGGAGGAGGAGGAGGAGGAAUUCGAGGAGGAGGAAGAGCUGGGGGAGGAGGAAGAGGAGGAGGAGUACGAGGAGGAGGAAGGCCUGUCGGAGGAAGAGGAGGAGGAGGAGGAGGAGGGGGCCCUGUCGGAGGAAGAGCGGGCGCCCCCCGGCCCCCAGGAGCCGCCGGCCGCGCCCGGGGAGCCGGACGAUCUCAUCAUGGAGGUAGAGGAGAGCCAGGCGCCCGAGCCGCUGCCCCCCGAGGAGGUGGAGGAGGAGGAGGUGGUGGUGAUGAAGGCUAGCCCCCCGCCCGCCCCCCAGCCAUCUCGAGAGGAGGAGGAGGAGGAGGAGGAGGAGCUGCCGCCGCCGGCCCCGCCCACCCCACCCCAGCAGGCCAGCCCCCUCCAGGCCCCGCCUCCCGGCCAGGAGGAGAUGGGGGCAGAGCCCCCACUGCUGGAAGCCCCGCCCCCCAUCCUGGAGGAGGAGCAGCCCCCCAAGGAAGAGGGGGCGCCCCCGGCGGGGGAGCAGGGGGAUGGCGCCGGAGAGGGAGCCCAGCCCAGCCCCAAGCGGGAGCAGCCGGCCAGGAAGGCAGAGGCGGAGGCGGAUGAGACGGAGACCAUGCUGGCUGACUUCAUCGACUGCCCCCCGGACGACGAGAAGGGGCCCCCCGAACCCGGCCCCUAG